UCGCUAUUUGAUUUCAUAACUUUCCUUAUCGUUAAAUGUCAUUUGCGCAUUAAAAUCCAUUUUAUUCGUGCUGUAGCUGAAAUUAGGUGGUGUCGGUGGUGUCUUUGUUAGCAUCGAUCAAGACCAGUUUGUGAAAUUUUCAUUUGCCAUUAACUCUUCUGAGCGAAGAUCGAUACGGAAACCGGAACAACCAAAGGGUGCACUCCAUGUACUUCCCCUUAUUUGGCCAACUGUUAUCAGUGAAGAUUAGAUAAAAAUGAACGAUCGAAGGCGAGGAGACGUUGUGGAACUAUGCAAAAUCCUGGCGGAACAGGAAAAUCUCCAAGCCACAGUGGUGCGAUCUGGUAAAGGAGCCCUUUACGCAGGCAUGGGCGUGUUCAUUGGAGGCCUACUGGCUGGUCCGCUUGGAAUGGCUAUCGGUGGUUCAGUAACAUCAAUUGCGGUGGCAGUCAACUCCAAGGGAACAUUUAAAUCAGUCGUUACGGUCAUUAACGAAAUGUCGGUGGCGCAAAAGCGAAAACUUGCGGAUGCCGUGCAAAAGGUAAUUGGGAGUAUCAAAGGCGAAGACUGUGUAUCGUUGGUUGGACUGAUUCUAGCUAGUUCUUCCAUUAAACAAACGAUUUUAACGGAAUUGGGGCGCUUUUUAAUGAAAGAAAUGCAAAUGCAGCUCGCCCGGUAGUCUGAAAGCAGCUUUUUUAACUUAUUUGUUUUACACUAUUUUUACGCCAAUUUUUUCCGGAUGAUAAAUAUUUUUUUAAUAAACCUGUUUUAUUUGAGCCACUGCUGCCGAACAAAAAAGUACCCAAUGCAGAUGUUAAAAGCUCCAGAACAUUUAAAAAAAGUUUUACGUACUUUUGAGUUGGCAUCUGCUCUCUAUGGAAGUGUUCAAAUCUGGUCGAAACGGGGUCAGAAAACUUCCAAUAAACAAUUUCGACUUCAUAUUGACAUUAAUCAAAACGAACUUUCUUAGAAACUACUAUUUUCACCUGGUAGGCGCUGUGCUUUGAUAAAGCAAAAAAUAAUUUAAAAAAUUACAAAACUUUCCAAGUGCCAAUAUUGAUUAUGGAUUCUUCAGAUUACUGCCAGUUCGAAAGUGUUGCCAACUUAAGAAUUGCUAUUAUGACUCAGAAACGUCAGUCGUCUUUAUCUAUGAACGUCAAUUUGAACGUGAUAAGUCAGCGCAUGGAACAAAAAAUGUUUUUUUUGCCUAACUUGUCCUACCGGCCGAGAAAAAGUUCCAAAUUGGUGAAAAACACGGACUAUUUUACACAGUUUAGUUCCGGGAAAAAACAUUCCCGGGAUAACCCGAAAAAUCAUGGAUGGCGCAUGAAAGAAACCGAACUAGAAGGUAAGUUUUUAUUCAAUUUUCUAAACCCGAAUUUUCAGUAUAAAUAUAAGUUAACAAUCAGCAAUAAGUGCCAAAAAAUAACAGCUCGCAAUAAGACCG